AAACAAUGUCAGAUGAAGUGAUACUUUUGCUGCAACGAGAAAGCUGCUUCAAUUCUGUUAUCGUGACACGAUGGCCUCAUAGAUUCUUGUGAGAAAUCCCAGAGAAGACGUUGCAGCAAUCGGAAUUCAAAGAUGUAUCAUCGGAUACAAGACGACGGUUUAUAAUACAUCAUCAAUCAAUUUGCUUUACCUGUGAUCGCGUAGUUCUUCACAAAGAGACCGGCUUGUAAUCGCACAAUUGCAACCACUAGUCGUACCAUGAAGCGGCUCACGAAUGAAAUUGCACGAUAAAAUAACGCGAGGAACAAUACCAACCUCGAGAGGAGAGAUUUCACCAAAAAUAGUUCUAUGAGGUAGAAGAGACGGUCUUGAUUUAACGGACAAGAAAGCGAAAGGAUAUGUACGUGAUUUGAAACUUGGUCUGAAUGAUCAUUUGUGAGAGCUGGAUAGAAUCGUUGUUACUUGGAAGUAAUCAGGUAAUACGUAACCAGAGAUGAGUAUCACAGCAAUAAUUGGUGCUGCCAUAAAGGCGGCCACCAUUCUCCUCGGGAUCGGUAUCAGCAAGGUUACCAUAAUCCCAGCACUGAUUAUCGCCCUCGCGUACUUCAACUAUGACCUGAUGGAUCCAGAAAAUCAUCCGCGCGUAACAAGAGACCUGAGGAAAGAGUACGACUUCAUCGUGAUCGGCGGCGGCUCGGCCGGAAGUGUAAUCGUCAACCGAUUGACUGAGAAUUCUGAGUGGAACGUACUUCUGCUGGAGGCCGGGGGUCACGAGACCGAGAUAACUGACGUACCUAUACUAUCAUUAUACUUGCACAAGAGCAAAGUGGACUGGAAGUAUCGCACACAGCCGCAGGAUUCAGCCUGUCUGGCGAUGAUCGAUCACCGAUGCUGCUGGACCAGAGGCAAGAUCUUGGGUGGAUCAAGCGUCCUGAACACGAUGCUCUAUAUUCGGGGAAAUCGACGCGAUUUCGAUCAUUGGGAAAGUUAUGGAAAUCCUGGCUGGGGCUAUGAAGACGUCUUGCCCUACUUCAAAAAAUCGCAAGAUCAAAGAAAUCCAUAUCUGACAAAAGGAAAGAACGCCAAGUAUCACGGUACAGGGGGAUAUCUAACCGUGCAGGACAGCCCUUAUGUCACUCCAUUGGGUGUAGCGUUUCUUCAGGCCGGCGAGGAGAUGGGUUACGAUAUCCGUGACAUAAACGGCGAACAGCAAACCGGCUUUGCCUUGUUCCAGUAUACGAUGCGACGUGGUGCCAGGUGUAGCACCGCCAAGGCAUUCGUGCGACCUAUUCAGCUGAGAAAGAAUUUUCAUCUGUCCUUGUGGAGCCACGUGACUCGAGUGCUCAUAGAUCCGCAGAAGAAGAAAGCGUACGGAGUGGAAUUCAUCAGGGACGGUCGCGAGGAGAUCGUGUACGCUAAAAAGGAGGUGAUCCUUUCAGCCGGCGCUAUCAACAGUCCCCAAUUGCUGAUGCUCUCCGGAGUAGGACCGCGGGUCCACCUGGAGCAACUGGGAAUACCUGUGGUCCAAGACUUACCCGGAGUCGGGCAGAACCUGCAAGAUCACAUAGCGGUCGGUGGACUCAUCUUUCCGAUCGAUUACGAGGUCAGCAUCGUCAUACACCGGAUGGUGAACAUCAACUCGGCGCUGAGGUACGCCGUGACCGAGGAUGGUCCAUUGACGUCCAGCAUCGGCCUCGAAGCAGUCGGCUUUAUCUCGACCAAGUACGCCAAUCAAUCAGACGACUAUCCGGACAUUGAAUUCAUGCUGACCUCCUCGGCAACCACCUCCGACGGUGGCAGUCACGUGAAGAACGCUCACUGCUUGAAAGAUUCGUUUUAUCAGGAUACCUUCAAAAAAAUUGAAAACGAGGACGUUUUCGGAGUGUUCCCGAUGAUACUCAGACCAAAGUCGCGUGGCUACAUCAGACUGAAAUCGAAAAACCCGUUGGAUAACCCGUUGCUGUAUCACAAUUACCUUACUCAUCCGGAUGAUGUGGCGGUACUGCGCGAGGGAGUGAAGGCAGCCAUCGCCUUCGGCGAGACUAACAGCAUGAAAAGAUUCGGUGCCAGAUUCCACGACAAACCGAUACCCGAUUGCAAGCACCUACCAUUAUACACCGACGAGUACUGGAAUUGCCUCGUGAGACAUUAUACGAUGACGAUCUAUCACAUGAGCUGCACCGCCAAGAUGGGCCCAGCUAACGAUCCCAUGGCAGUUGUAGAUCCUACACUGAAAGUCUACGGAAUUGACAAUUUGCGGGUGAUUGAUGCGUCAAUCAUGCCGACGAUAACGUCAGGCAAUAUAAACGCAGUGGUAAUUAUGAUCGGUGAAAAGGGAGCGGAUCUAAUCAAAGCAAGAUGGAAGUAGAAAAUUAAUUCUCAAAGAUAUACCAUCACAUGAUUAAUAGAACAAAUGAUUAAUAGGAGACUGAAUUGGAAACGUUUCGUUCAUUCUCUUCUCCCACAUGUGAUUCUUGCAACUAAUAAAAGUGGAAAAAAAUUAACAAACUUUUUCAGGCUAAUGCUUGACAGUUGAUGCAAGACAGUCCGCAAUUGGCGUGUUCUAAAAGGAUCUCACACAAGUUUGACGAUUAUCUCAAAUGACUGGAAUCUUCGUGAAACACAUGUGAAGAAAAUGGCAAUAUAACAUGUGGCAAGUGGCAAUAUGGCAUCGGCCACUCGAAUCGUUCUUUAUAUAGCAUAGUAUCUUCCAGCUAUUGCAACAGCGUUUUAAUGUGGAGAAAACAUUCGGAAAAAGUUGAUUGCACAAAUUUAACGCGUUACAACAUUAGGAUUCGUAUUUUUGCACAAAUGCUGCGAGAUAUUGAUGUAAUUUAGACUACGAUAUUCUAUGUGAGGAAUGUCUAAUAUGCAAUUACACGUAAAUCAACAGCAUAUUAAGUAGUUGUCUUAAUGCUAGACAACGUUAGCAAUAUGAAAAUUUGCCUGACUGCGUUAGACCGCGCAAUGUGCAUCUGCCGUAACUAAUCUGCAAUUGCGUAAGAGUCGCUUGAGCUCUCUAUUAUAGUGACAUAGCAUAAGCGAACUGCAAUUUUAGUCGCAAUCAACUUUUUACCGAUUUAUUCGCCACUGCGCAAAUACGCUCAAAACACAUACGUAUGUUAUUAUAAUGAUAUAUGUACGUAUGUAAGACACACACAUAAUGGACUUUAUUUAAGAAAACUAUGUUGAGAAUACAC